AUGGAGCAGAUCGACUCAUUCGGGGCUGCUGGCGGGAGUGAGGCACUCAGCCGACCGCACCAGGCCGGCGGCCUGUUCGUUGUGCAGCCGGCGUUGCAGGUGCAGGGAUACCAGGCGGCCGAGCCCAGUCCGAUCCUGGGGGGCGCGCCGACUCGCAACGCGACGGGUGGAGGCGGCUCGCGCAAGGCCAAGGGCGGCAAGGGCGGGCCGGGCGCGCUGCGGCUGGGGGUGAGCGAGGAGGAGGAGAAGCGCCGCGCGCUCGUGCACGAAGCGGAGCGUGCCGCGCGUGAGCGCGCCGACCGCGCCGCCCAGGAGCUGCUGCAGGAGGAGCAACGCGUCAAGCAGGAGGGCGGCUCCUUUGUCCACGAGGCGCGGGUGGAGGCGCACGCGCUGACUGCCUCGGAGGCGGGCGAGGAGGACGCGCUGCCCAUGCAGAAGCCGCCGCCGUCGCCGCCCAAGCCGCAUGAUCGUGGCGACGGCAAGGCCAGCGCCGCCGAGUCUGCGGCAGACGCCUCGUGGGAGGUGGUGGGAAAGAGCCGGCGCAAGGGCCGGAACAAGCCGGCGGUGGACGAGGACGCUCCGCCGGGCUCCUCGGGCUCGUCCGACUCUGGCCGCGGUGACGCGCCAGGGCGCGGCGGGGGGGGCUUGCGGCGCGCGUGGUCCGCCGAUCCGCUCGGCGCCUCGCAACGUGCCGCCUCGGCAAAGGGCGCCUCUGCUCCCUCCGCCACCGCGUCUGCGCCUUCGCAAGAGGCGCUCGCGGCGACGGAGCGGCAUCCGCCCCCGGCGUCGGAGGCGGGCUCCUCCUCCUCCGGCUUCUGCGGCUCGGAGUGCGACUCGAAGUCGGAGGCGGGCUCAUCUUCGUCCUCGGCGACGGGCGCGGGGACGGCCUUUGGCGAAAACACAGCCGCCCACAUCGAUGCCUUCGACGGGCGGGUCGACCGAGCCCGCGCCCGCGUCGGCGGCGGCGCAGAAGGCUGCGCCCGACGCUGA